CCGCCAUUUUGGAGCCGCCGCCGCCGCCGCUCCGCCGCCGCUGCCCGCGCAGCCCCGGCCGGCCCAGCCCGCGGGCCCGGCCCGCAGCCCGGCCCGGCAGCGCCCGAGGGCAGCCCGGCACCCGCAGGAUUGGAGUCUUGCAAAGGAAUUCACACUGGAUGAAAACCAUUUCCUGAAGCUGGGUCUGUUCCAGGAACUGUAACCCAAAUGUUUCUGUGUCUGUGGAGGAGAUCUCACGUUUGAGGAAACUUCUACUGAAGGCCGCCGUGUGCCAGCACCAUGUUCUGGAAGUUCGACCUGAACACGACGUCGCACGUGGACAAGCUGCUGGACAAGGAGGAUGUGAGCCUGGAGGAGCUGAUGGACGAGGAUGACGUCCUGCAGGAGUGCAAGGCGCAGAACCGGCGCCUGCUGGACUUCCUGUGCCAGCAGCAGUGCAUGGAGCAGCUGCUCAGCCUCAUCACCCACGAGCCCCCCGAGGACAUGGACGAGAAGGUCCGAUUCAAGUACCCCAACACGGCCUGCGAGCUGCUGACCUCGGACGUGCCGCAGAUCAACGACAAGCUGGGCGGGGACGAGACCCUGCUCAACAUCCUCUACGACUUCCUGGAGCACGAGCCCCCCCUCAACCCCCUCCUGGCCAGCUUCUUCAGCAAGACCAUUGGCAACCUCAUAGCACGCAAAACUGAGCAGGUGAUCUCGUUCUUGAGGAAGAAGGACAAGUUCCUGGGCCUGGUGCUAAAGCACAUCGACACCUCAGCCAUGAUGGACCUGCUGCUGCGGCUCAUCAGCUGCGUGGAGCCCCCGGCGCUGCGCCAGGACGUGCUCAACUGGCUGAAUGAAGCCAGGAUUAUCCAGAGACUCGUGGAGCUGAUCCAUUCGGGCCAGGAUGAGGAUAGGCAAUCCAACGCUUCCCAGACCCUGUGUGACAUCAUCAGGCUGAGCAGAGACCAGAGCACUCAGCUCCAGGAUGUCCCAGAGCCAGAUCCACUUCUCACAGCACUGGAAUCGCAGGAGUGUGUGGAGCAGCUCCUCAGGAACAUGUUUGACGGGGAGCAGAGCGAGACCUGCAUCGUGAACGGAACCCAGGUGCUCCUGACGCUGCUGGAAACGCGGCGCUCCGGAGUGGAAGGCCUGAUGGACUCGUACACUCAGGGAUUCGAGAGGUCUUACACUGUCAACAGCAGCAUCUUACACGGCAUCGAGCCCCGGCUGAAGGACUUCCACCAGCUGCUGCUGCACCCACCCAAGAAACCGGCCAUCCUGACCACGCUGGGGGUGCUGGAGGAGCCGCUGGGGAACGCGCGGCUGCACGGCUCGCGGCUGAUCGCGGCGCUGCUGCACACCAACACCCCCAGCAUCAACCUGGAGCUCUGCAGGCUGGGCACCAUGGACCUGCUGCUCGAUUUAUUUUUUAAAUACACGUGGAAUAACUUUCUGCAUUUCCAAGUGGAGCUGUCCAUCGCAGCCAUCCUGUCCCACUCGGCCCAGGAGGGGAAGCACAGCCCGGGGCAGCAGGAGCAGGAGCAGGGGCAGGGCCAGGGGCAGGGCCAGGGCAGCAAGGACGAGCCCGCCAGCAGCACCGCGGCCCCGGAGCCCCCCGCGCCCCCCGCGCCCCCAGCGCCCCCUGCUGGAGCCGCCGAGAACGUCAUGGUCACCCACCUGUUCCAGAAGUGCUGCCUGGUGCAGAGGAUAUUGGAUGCCUGGGAAGCCAAUGACAAAAUCCAGGCAGAGGGAGGCAGGAGGAGAGGGAACAUGGGGCACCUGACACGCAUCGCCAACGCCGUGGUGCACAACAUGGAGAAGGGGCCCAUGCAGGCCCAGAUCAGUGACUUCAUCAAAGAGCUGCCUGAGGACUGCAGGGGCAGGUGGGAGAGUUUUGUGGAGGAGACGCUGACGGAGACGAACCGGAGGAACACGGUGGAUUUGGUGAGCACCCACCACCUGCACUCCUCCAGUGAGGAUGAGGACAUUGAAAGUGCUUUUCCCAACGAGCUCACUCUCCAGCAGGCCUUCUCUGAGUACCAGAUCCAGCAGAUGACAGCAAAUUUCGUGGAUCAGUUUGGCUUCAACGACGAGGAGUUUGCAGACCAGGACGACAACAUCAACGCUCCCUUCGACCGCAUCGCCGAGAUCAACUUCAACAUCGACGCUGACGACGACAGCCCCAACGCCUCCCUGUUCGAGGCCUGCUGCAACGAGCGCAUCCAGCAGUUCGACGACACCGAGGAGGAGGAGGACAUCUGGGAGGACAAGGAGAUCUCCUACGCUGCCCAGGUCAAGGCCAGGACACGGUUCGGAGCCUCGCAGACGUCGGAGAGCUCCAAGAGUGACCUGGAGAACGGCGACCACGGCAGCGUGGACUCGGAGGAGGAGGAGGAGCAGCCGCCGGCCCCCUCCCCGCACAAGGGCGGCGCCCCGGAGCGGAGGGACGCGGACUCGUGCCAAGGGGCUGGCUGGACGGCCGUGUUCGAGCCCGCGAGCCCCACGCCGCCCGUGGCCAUGGACGUGGGCUCCAGCGUGUGGGACUCAGCUGCCCCCCAGAGCACUGCCCCGGAGGAGAAGGGCUGGGCCAAGUUCACAGACUUCCAGCCUUUCUGCUGCUCCGAGUCCGGGCCGCGCUGCAGCUCCCCCGUGGACCCCGAGGGCGGCACCGACAGGAGCCCGGCCCAGGGCCAGGACAAGAACUGCGGCGCCGCCCCUGCCUGUGUGUGGAACGCGUGCGGCUCUCGGAAGGCGCCCCUGGUGGCCUCGGACAGCAGCUCCUCGGGCAGCUCCGACAGCGACGACGACGACGACAAGGCCAAGGCUGCCCCUUGCACGGCACAGGAGCCCGGCAAGGACAGGGCAGCUCCCUGCAGCGAGGCGGCGGCGGCGGAGGCGGGGCCGGGAGGGGCCGGGGCCGCCCGGGGCAGCGCGGCCACGCACACGGACGGGCACCAGAGAGGAGUCCCCGCCGCCACAGCUGCCCCAGACACGGCCACGAGAGACAGGAGUGAGGAGCCCCUGCCCUGUGCCGAGGCCACGUUGAACGGCCCCGCUUGAUGCCGCCGCCGCCCCGGGACGUGUGUGAGCCAGGCCAGGCUGCUCCCUGGUGAUGCAAUUUGUCAAUUCUUUAUUAUUAUUUUUUUUUUUUCAUUUUAAUUUUAUUUUUUAAUAAAUGCUGCAUUGAUGAGAGCGAGCUGGC